AGUCCAUAUUAACGUGAUUUUCGUGUCUAUUCUGGAAUACUACUCUUUUUGUUGCCAAAGCGUGUUUACAAGCUUCUAAGCGUAAAUGGAAACUGAAGAACUAUGUGAGAUUUUAGAAUCUCUUCAAAUAAGUGAGAACGAGGUUGUUCAGGGAAAACUUGGUGAAUCAUACUAUGUCGACGGCAAAACAGGAGAAAAGUUUAUUUUACCCACAAAAAGGCCGGAUGGGACAUUGAGGAAGAAGAUUAAGGUCAAACCCGGAUACACACCACCGGAAGAACAAGAACGUUAUGUCCAUAAACACAAAAGGGAUAACGAUGCAGCUAAACCUAGUAAUGGAGUCUCUACUCCAGUCAACCCAGUCAAGGCCAAUUCAAAUGGCUCAAAAAAACCAACCACAGACCAAAAGCCCAUAAAAACCAAGGCGAAGAGUCCGGAGUCUAAGCAUCACCCAAAGAAGGACAAGCUUGAGACAAAAAAGAAACCUGUACCAAAGGCCAAAGAGGGUGGUUCUGGUGAGAAGCUCGCAGUUACUCAGGUCGUAUGCAACAUUGAAAAUGUAGAUGAAAAAACUAUUGUUGUUGAGUCAAAUGAUUCUGCUAAAUCUCAACCUGUAGAGCAGAAUCCCAAUGUAGAAGUAGAUUCUAAAGAUGAAUCUGAGAUAAAAAACCCCCAAAAAACACAGGAGAGGGAAAAAUCAGUUCUUAGUUCUGAGGAAAAGAAGAUAUUCAACGCGUAA